GGCUCCGUGGUGUCGGGUCAGAUAACGAGUCGACGUUUGCGACAUUAUUCGACCUUGUUCGAGACUCUUGUGAUAGCGAUUCAGUAGUAUCGACUUGUCGUACAUGUUUAAAACUGACCCCGGCUGUGUUUGGAAAGAGAGAUGGUGAACCGACGGUCUAACAGUGACGCUGCGACCACGACUCCACUUCAGUCUGUUGCGCCUGUCAUCAAGCGCAAACGGCGGGCAUCAUGCCUAGGCGAGCAGGAGAGGAAGGAAAGGAAACGAGCGAUUGACCGCGAGGCGCAGAGAUCGUUGAGAGAGAAGACGAAGACGCAUAUCGCGGAGCUAGAACGGACGAUUGAAAUAUUGAGAAACCAAGACAGGAAUGGCGCCACAGCAAGUCUCCUCAGCGAGAUCGAAGGGCUAAGAGCAGAGAAUGAGAGACUGAGGGAUGUAAUUGAUGGGGUGAGGAGCGUUAUAGGAGGGGAGGUGUUUGGUAGGAUGGCACCAACCACUUCAGCUUCGGCAGGUGUAUCAGGGCCAAGACUUGAGGAAACCACGCCCAUGGACGAGAGUGCUGGUCCGACCUCACCCAGAUUCCGUAGAGACUCCAUCUCAUACUCACAAGCGGCGACCGAUGCUAAACCACCGCCCUCCUUGCCAUCGCCUGAAACCACACCACCCGACGCGCAAUACCCUUCUGCUUCAUUUGACUUCAACCCUCCCAUGCCAGCAUCGUCUAGAGCCGUCGAUCUCGAUGGCAUGACGAUGAUGUCAAUCGCUCUCCCGACCUCAUCAGCCAACGAUAGUGCACUAGAUCUGAGUCUAACACUGGACGAUGUCACAAACGAACCAACACACGAAGAUGCUCUCAUCCCAACCCCCGACUCGCCUGCAACUGCAGCCUUUGCUCCAUUCAUGCAAGAAAUGGAAUUAUUCGGACGUGCCUGGCAUUGCCCAUCUCCAAUGAUCCUUCACAUGAACGACCGAAACGACGAUCGACCGCCAUCAUCACCACAUGUACCAUCGUCCGCCGUCUGCCCGAUAUGGCGCAAAUCGAACGAACUCUUCGGCAAAAUCUUUUCGAGCCGUGCACCUUCAUCAACAGGUCCGUCUAGCCUUCCUCUCGGCGAUGAGUUUGACUGGGGCAUGGAGGCUGGACUGCUAUUCAAGGGAAUCAGAGACGGCUGGAAGACCUUUGACCACUGGAAACAGAGCCCGGUUCUGCAAAUUCUCAAAGCGGUGGACCAGUUCUUGUUUGUGAAAAGCGGGAAGAUGGAGCGGUUGGCGGCUGGUUACAAGAGUUUCAAACUUCUGAAGUACUACAUUAAUCCCACCAAAGGGGAACUCGAUAAAGUCCCAACGUGGCUGCGCCCUAGUCCCUUACAAUCGUCCACCUCCCAUCCCAUAGCCAUCGACAUGUUCGCAUGGCCUUCCCUUCGCAACCGGCUUGUGCACCACCACCAUACACUCUUCCGCAACAGCAAACUCUCCCACAACUACGCCAACUUCCUGCGCUUCGACUGGCCUUUCAGCUUCGAAGACACUUUCUACUACGACGACGCAAUCGGAGGCUGGUAUCCAAGUCCUCUGUUCGAGAGAUAUCACGGCGAUGUGCGCAGUUGGACUGUUGAAGAGGGCUUUUGGGAAGGGCUGGAGGAACUCAGGGGUGACAUCGAGGGGUGUAGCGCAACGUGACGUUUGGAGGGGAAAGUGACGUGGUGUGGACCAAGGCACUAUGAGGCG